AUCGUUAUCUGGUAUGGAAGGAAUCUUCAUCGUUUGCCGGUAGCGAGGCGGCAUUCGCACAGAAGCCUCUGUAGGCACCACGCGCUAUCCUUGGGGCGACGACGGCGACUCGUGCGCCGCUACAAUCGCGAUCUUGCACGCGCAUCUCUCCAGUGUCGCACGCAGGGUGACGAUGCUAUACCGAUAGCAAGCACAUAAAACCAACGUGUUGAUCUCAAACUGGACCUUAUAUUUAUUAGUGAAAGAGUGAAUUCUUUGUAAUCAACAUGGGUUUGGAUUUCUUGGAACAUGGAGCAGAUUUUGAAGCUGCAAUUUCAGCUACUGGGUUUGGGCGUUUCCACUUUUGCCUUCUCGCAGUCACCGGUCUAAUAUACGCGAACACUGCUAUCGGCAUCACCAUAGUGUCGUUCGUGUUGCCAGCAGCAACAUGUGACUUCCGGAUGACGUCUUCCGAUAAAGGAUGGCUUACAGCAGCUCCCAUGUUAGGAAUGGUCCUCGGGUCAUAUUUCUGGGGUUGCCUGGCUGAUACCAAAGGUCGUAAAGUGGUAUUAGUAUCAACACUCCUGAUUGAUGGCUUCGUUGGUAUCCUCUCCUCAUUCGUUCAGAUUUUACCAGUCUUCAUGGCAUGCAGAUUUAUUAACGGAUUUUCUGUUGCCGGCGCUAUGGGUAUCUGCUUCCCAUACUUGGGAGAAUUUCAACAAACCAAAUACAGAGAGAAGAUUCUCUGCUGGAUGGAAAUGUUCUGGACAUUGGGUGUCAUCUUACUUCCACUGAUCGCUUGGGGCAUUAUCCCAAUCCAAGGCAUUCGCAUUGAAAACGGCAGCUUUUCUUACGACUCAUGGAACUGGUUCGUCGCUGCCUGUGCAGUCCCAUCUCUCCUGUUGGGCUUCUGGCUGUUCUCGUUCCCUGAAAGUCCCAAGUUUAUGAUGGAGUGUGGAGACUACGACGAUGCACUCGCUUGCCUUAAGAACAUCUACCGACAAAACACUGGCGAUGACCCCGAUAAUUACCCGAUCAAGAGCCUGAAGGAAAAAGUGCGAACGAUAUCGGUGGCGUCGCAAAGCUCUCAGAAAUCUGUGCGAAGCCUGAGCAUGCGUAAACCUAAAGACCUGAAGAGGUUAUUUAGCGAGAUCUGGGUUCAAACCAAAGCUUUAUGCCGACCUCCCUACCUCAAAUACACGAUCCUUACCUGCGUCAUCCAGUUUGGCUUAACUACUAGCUACUACACCCUCAUGAUCUGGUUCCCCGAGUUGUUCAACCGCUACGAAGAGUUCGAGCACCGCUUCCCCAACACUUCAGCGUCGGUAUGCGACGUGUCCGGCAUCGUGGUGGGCGAUGAAGCGGUCGCCGACCCCUUCGACUGCGAAAAGAUCAUCGACCAAAGCGUAUAUAUGCACACGCUUAUUGUCGGUCUCGCUUGCAUACCGACCUCCCUUUGGCUUCCACUUUGCGUUCACAAACUUGGCGCUAAGUUCUUCCUUAUCUUCAGUUUGGGUGUUGCCGGUUUAGUGACUGUUGGUUUGUACUACGUGCAAAACUCCACUCAGAACUUGGUCCUCUCAUGCAUCUUUGAAGCCCUCACCUCGCUCGCCAUCAGUCUUGUGUUCUGUGUGCUUGUCGACUUGUUCCCUACGAAUCUUAGGGUAAUGGCGGCUGCACUCUCCCUAACGGCGGGUCGAGGCGGUGGUCUCAUUGGAAACCUGUCAUUUGGCUACCUCAUAGACAUCAACUGCAUUGUGCCUAUUGUUGUCUUCUCAGCAUUUUUGUUUAUUGCUGCAAUACUCUGCUUCUUCUUGCCAAAGACUGGUCAAGAAGCCCUGGAUUAAAGAACUCAAGUGUACAUUAAAACUAGAUAGUGCAAUUAGACAUUCAGCAACGCGAAACGAUCACAGUUCCAAGUGGUUGUAUAUAUUGUUUAGGAUGUAAAUAUUGAAGACUUAAGUAUUCUUAUUUAUUGUUCAAGUUGCCUAGUUAUUAUACAGUGCUGCGAUGAGGCUCGAUAAAGUAAGGAUCGAGCAUCAAGACCGCAGGAGUUACCGAUUUACUGUGAUUCAGAACGCACAAUGUCUUAUUAAAUAUAAGAUUGAACAACAGUAUUUUAGAGUUGACUGUGUAAUAUAAUGCCCUUAAAUUAUUGUAAUUAAUAUUAAAGGUUUUUCGCCUUCC